AUGCUAAGUGAUGAAGAAAUCCAGUGCUUACGAGCGCUACGGACUGUAGAAUAUGAGAAAUUCAAAAACCGCAAUCCUGAUCGCCUUGAGAGAACAUGCGAGUGGUUUUUGAGGCAUGAACGUUUCUACGAAUGGCGGGAAAGAAGUUCAGGGCUUCUUUUAGUGUCUGCGGAUCCAGGAUGUGGAAAAUCAGUUCUGGCCAAGUCUUUGAUCGAUCGAGAAAUCAAAUCCACCGAAUCUCGAACCACUUGCUACUUUUUCUUCAAAGAUGACGAUAAAGAGCAGAAGAGCUUGACAAUCGCAUUCUCUUCAUUGCUACACCAGCUCUUCUCACAGAAGGAAUCACUUAUUCAACAUGCCAUGCAAGACUACACAACAGAGGGUGAUAAACUACCAAAAAAUUUUCACAAGCUCUGGGGCAUCCUUGUUAAAGCCACAUCUGACCCAAAAGCUGGAGAAGUGGUCUGUAUUCUGGAUGCUCUCGAUGAAUGUCCUGAAGCAGAACGAUAUCAAAUUAUUGACACCCUGAGCACAUUCUACAGGCAAACUCAGAGUAGCAGUCAACUCAAAUUCCUCGUUACCAGCCGCCCUUACUUUGAUAUUGAAAGGAAAUUCGCUAGCCUUAUUCGACACUUUCCUACGAUCCGCAUUCAUGGCGAAAGAGAAUCGGAAGCUAUUAGUCGCGAGAUUGAUGUUGUUAUCAGAUCAAAAGUCUCAGAACUUGGACAAGAACUGGAACUUGACUAUUCCGAGCAAUCAGCACUUCAAGAUGAGCUCUUAGCUAUGGAGCAUCGGACCUACCUCUGGCUGAAACUGUUGGUUGACGUGAUCCGCGGCGAAGUCGAUCCAACAAAAAAGCGGCUAAAGAGAAUUAUCAACACACUUCCAGCUACAGUCGAUCAAGCAUAUGAGUCGAUCCUGUUGAAAGCCAAGGAUCAGAGAAGAGCGCGGAAACUUCUCCAUAUAAUCGUCGCGGCCAGAAGGCCACUCACACUAAAAGAGAUGAGCAUUGCUCUAGCUAUUGAGGACCACAACCGAUCGUACGAAGACCUUGACCUUGAAGUUAAAAACGAGGCACGCUUUGCAACAACAAUCAGAAAUCUUUGUGGCCUCUUUAUCAACAUCAUCGAUCAGAAAGUCUAUUUGAUCCACCAAACCGCGAAAGAGUUUCUUGUUGCGAAGGAUCAGGCGCUUCUCGGCAGCUGGAAACAUUCCCUCAGCCCGAUGGAAUCCGAGUUUCUCAUGGCCAGAAUCUGCAUCACCUAUCUUAUGCUUAGAAUCUUCGGGGACAAUUUCCAGGACGACACGGCACACGACAGGGAUGCUAUCAAGCAGUAUGGCUACCUUGAAUAUGCUGCUAGUUUCUGGGCUACCCACUACAAAGAAGCGCAGAGUAGAAAGUCUGACGAAACAUUACAAUUAGUUUUCACACUCUGCGACAGUCGAUCCCGGCGGUUCCAAAUUUGGUUCAACAUAUACUGGAAUACGGCUCACCCAUAUGAAUCAGCUCCACAGCUAAACAAUAUUAGUGUGGCAUCGUAUUUUGGCUAUGAUGAUAUCGUCAAGCAGCUGCUCGAUGCUGGGGCCGAUAUCGAGUCAAAGGAUAGUAGAUAUGAUCGGACGCCUUUGGUAUGGGCCUCUAUGAAGGGGCACGAGGCUAUCGUCAAGCAGCUGCUUGAAGCCGGUGCUAAUGUCGAGUCAAAAGAUAGUAAAUAUGGUCGGACGCCUCUGUUGUGGGCCACUAUGAAUGGGCACAAGGCUAUCGUCAAGCAGCUGCUUGAAGCAGGUGCUAAUGUCGAGUCAAAAGAUAGUAAAUAUGGUCGGACGCCUCUGUUGUGGGCCACUAUGAAUGGGCACAAGGCUAUCGUCAAGCAGCUACUUGAGGCUGGGGCUAAUGUUGAGUCAGGGGAUAGUAUAGGUCGUCGGACGCCUCUGGAAUGGGCCGCUGAGAAAGGGUACGAGGCUAUCGUUAUGCAGCUGCUCAAGGCCGGGGCCGAAGUUAAGUCGAAGGACAUUUUGGGUCGGGCACCGUUGUCAUGGGACGCUGAGAAAGGGUACGAGGCCGUCGUCGAGCAGCUGCUCGAGGCCGAGGAUAAUAGUAGUGGACAACGUCAUCAUUGA